UAUUCCUCCAAUAAGAAGAGUCGAAGUGUACACUGACAGAGGUGAUAAGUGAAAAGAAAUGUCAGUCUUUAUUGGGGGCGGGGCUUACUGACUGGAACAUCUGAAAGCGAAUUUCAUUUUUCUUUAGCUCCUUCUCUUACGGUUUACGGGUAUUGCUUACAGUGUCCCCAUCAAUUCAAGCUGAGAACGGUACAGAUAGUGUGAGACAACGAAAAGGAGCAAAGAAACGGAUAUGGCUGUAUCCGCCACUCCUCCCGUGAUUUCCUCAACCUCCAACCCCGGAUCCGCAGGUUUAUUCCGGUCCGAUUCUCUGUACAAAAGCCCCGCGGACUCCCCCAGGCUGACGACCAGCAUCAACACAUUUAUCAGCUGCAACAGUAGCAGCACUAGCGGUAAUAACGACUGUAAAUUGGUGGAGGUGCAUGGGGUCAAGAUAGCCUCAUUCACAGUGGACGGACAGGAACUCAUAUGCCUUCCUCAGGUUUUUGAUCUGUUUCUGAAGCACCUGGUCGGAGGUUUGCACACGGUUUACACCAAACUGAAAAGGCUUGAUAUAGCUCCAGUGGUGUGCACGGUGGAACAGGUUCGGAUCCUGCGGGGUCUCGGAGCAAUUCAGCCAGGGGUCAAUCGCUGCAAACUCAUCACACGAAAGGACUUCGAAGCCCUAUACGGUGACUGCACCAAUGCAAGCUCAAGACCUGGGCGACCUCCAAAACGUUCUCUUGGUGUUCAAAUACAAGAAAAUUCCCGCUUACUGCCUCACGGUGUCAUGGGGCUUUUAUCACCAGGUCUCAUCUCACCGUCUGGAUUAACAGCUGCUGCCGUGGCUGAAGCAAUGAAACUACAGAAGAUGAAGCUGAUGGCAAUGAAUAGCUUGCAUGGCAUUGGCAAUCAGAAUGGAACAGAGUCUGAGAAUGAUGAACUCAGUUCCAGUGCAGGGCUAGAUUUGCCAUUUAUGAUGAUGCCCCAUCCCCUCCUUCCUGUCAGCCUCCCGCCUGCAUCUGUUGCCAUGGCAAUGAACCAGAUGAACCACCUGAAUACUAUAGCAAACAUGGCUGCAGCCGUCCAGAUUCACAGUCCUCUGUCCAGAGCAGGAGCCUCUGUUAUAAAGGAAAGAGUCCAGGACAGCCCAUCACCAGCUCCUUCUUUGGAAGAUAAUCAACGCCCUGCAAGCCAAGCCUCAUCUCACCAGAGUAGCAGUGUGUCCAGCUCUCCAUCACCACAUGACAGCACAUCUGAACAUUUUGAUGACACUCAACUGGCAUUACCUGUAAUAAAACAAAGCUUUGAUAAACUCCCAUUAAGUGGACAGGCACUACCCCCAGGAUUCCCAGCUCCUUUUUUGUUUGCUGAUGGAUUGUCUUCAGUCGAGACCCUUUUGACCAACAUUCAGGGACUUUUGAAGGUAGCAGUGGAUAAUGCCAGAGUUCAAGAAAAACAGGUACAACAAGAGAAGAAAGAAUUAAAAAUGGAACUUUUUAGAGAAAGAGAGAUAAGGGAAAAUCUUGAACGUCAGCUUACAUCAGAGCUGCAAAGCCGUGCAACAAUUCAGAAGCGUUUGAAGAAAGAGAAGAAAGCAAAACGGAAACUACAAGAGGCUCUUGAAUUUGAAUCUAAGAGAAGAGAACAGGUGGAACAAGCAAUAAAACAAGCAACUUCACCUGAAAGUCUAAGAAUGUUGAAUGAGACUUGUAUCUCAGAGGUAGAGGCUGAACAUAAUGGAAAUCAGCAGGAGAAUGAAGCUGUGCAAGAAAACAGAUCAUAUAUGAAGCCCUCAAUACUGUAUUGAUUGAAAAUUCCACUACUUUGAGCCUGUGUUUUUUCAGAACUGAUACGGAAAUAUUUGAUUUACAAUGGUCGAAACAGCUUGCAUUGCCUUCAUCAUGGAGAAGUAAGUGAACAUUAAAAAGAACAAUGAAGAACAUGAAAGAAAUUCGACAGUACCGUAUGCAGAACUAUAAGGCCAUUAAGAUUUCUCACAACUAUUUUUCCUACAUUAAUCUGCCCAGUUUUGAGAAUAAAG